AUGUACCAUGACCUUAAAUGUUUAUUCUGGUGGGAUGGUAUGAAAAGAGAUGUUGCUGAGUUUGUGGCCCAAUGUCCAAACUGUCAGGAGGUCAAGAUUGAACACCAGAAACCAGGUUUACCUCGCACUCCACGGAAGUACGAUUUGAUAUGGGUUGUUGUUGAUAGGUUGACUAAGUCAGCCCAUUUCCUUCCGGUUCGGAUCACAUAUUCAGCGGAGGAUUAUGCCAGGAUAUAUAUUAAGGAGAUAGUAAAGCUCCACGGAGUUCCUGUAUCCAUUAUCACUAACAGAGGUGCCCAGUUUACAGCAAAUUUUUGGAGAUCUUUUCAGGCGGGAUUGGGGACCCAGAUGGCACCGUAUGAGGCACUGUAUGGCAGAAAAUGCAGGUCACCUAUAGGUUGGUUCGAUGUGGGUGAAACUAAGUUAAUUGGCCUAAAUCUGAUUCAGCAGGCAGUUGAGAAGGUGAAGCUUAUUCAAGAACGAUUAUUGGCAGCUCAAAGUCAACAGAAAGCAUAUGCAGAUAACCGACAUCGACCUUUGGAGUUCCAAGUGGAUGAUUGGAUUGUCCGUAAAGUAGGCAAGGUUGCCUACGAGCUAGAUCUACCAACUGAUUUAGAAGCAGUACAUCCGGUGUUUCACGUGUCUAUGCUUCGUAAAUUCAUUGGCGAUCCUUCAAGAGUAUUUCCUGUGCAGGACAUUCAGGUGACCGAGGAGCUAUCCUAUGAGGAACAGCCGGUGGCUAUUUUAGAUCGUCAGGUAAGGAGGUUACACACCAAAGAUGUGGCAUCUGUCAAAGUAUUGUGGCCAAACAACAACCGAGAAUAA